UCUGGUUCUAUAAAGCACCAUCACAUACACCGUUCUACUUCCCUUUCGCUUCUGCUUCGAAGUUUAUGGUUGCUCUUAGUGUUCUUUCUCUUUUCUUUUAGAGAUCUGAGGUUCUGAAGCUCUGCUUCUCCCCUGUUUCUGUUUCUUUCCUAGGGUGCGAACUGGGAACGGCAGUUUUGGAUUGAUUUUUGUUUCAGGUCCAAAAUUGAUGUCCUUGUUCUGGAUCUCUGGGUUUUAAUUUCUGGGUUUGUGGGAAGAUCCUGUCCUUUUUUUUUCCUGGACCUUGUUUGGAUUUAUGCUUUUGAAGUUGGGAUUUUGCGAAGAUUUUCCAGUUUGCAUUGAUCAUCCCAUCCCCUUACCCCACCAAAACAACAGGUUCUCCUUCCCUUCGAUCUUGAUGCUUAACAAAUUAUUCUUGAUGUUUCAAAUUCAUGUCUCCAAUUCUCAGUGAAAUCCUUCUUUCUGGGUUUAUGAUAAAUUCCACACUCAGACGCAGGACCCAUUUAGUUCAAUCGUUCUCUGUUGUGUUCCUUUACUGGUUUUACGUUUUUUCAUGAACCAUCUGCUCCUUCAAUCUGAUCACUACUAGACCAGUUUUAUAUCUAUUAUUAUUAUUAUAUCUUAUACGUAUUGCAGAUUCUGGUUUGAAAAUAAUUAGUAUUUGGGUCCUGUGUCGUUGUUGUGUUAGCCUCUGCUAGGUCUGAUCCAAUCCUUAUACUUAGUCAUCUAUUGGGGUUUUUGUAAUUUUCUCUGGUGUAAAUAUACCAUGGCUUCCUCUAGUGGAACUUCUUCAGGAGGGUCUACUCUGCUUCCAAACUCUGGUUCAGAAGAGGACCUUCAGCUUGUAAUGGAUCAAAGGAAAAAGAAAAGAAUGUUAUCGAACCGGGAAUCAGCUAGGCGAUCGAGGAUGCGGAAACAGAAGCACUUGGAUGAUCUGAUGGCCCAAGUGGCUCAGCUCAGGAACGAGAACAACCAGAUCCUUACAAGGAUAAACAUGACUUCUCACAACUACUUGGCCAUUGAAGCCGAGAAUUCGGUAUUGAGGGCACAGAUGGGAGAGUUGAACAACAGUUUACAGUCCCUCAAUCAGAUCAUUCACUGCUUAAAUGUGAAUAGUAACAGUUUUCAAACUGAGGAUCCUCUAAAUGGUGCUGACUGCUUCAUGAACCCAUGGAAUUCUUCAAUCUAUCUAAAUCAGCCCAUCAUGGCUUCCGCAGACAUCUUUCAGUACUGAAACUCCACCCACGCCUGAGACUAAUGAGAACGGUUCAUUUGUUUGUGUUGCCAAUGGUGUUUGUUUAGGUUGUCAGUGAAUGUAGAGCUACAAAGAUGGGGUUUUUUGUUUUUUUUUUGGGUCUAGUCCUAUCUACUGUCUAUUAGAAGUGUCUAUUAGGAGUCUUUAAGGGCCUAAAGGUUAAGGGUAGAAGAAAGAAUUAAAAUGAGGGAUUUGGUAAUUGGUUUACUGGUCUGGUAUGUAGAAGGAUCUUUAUAAACAAGGAUUCCAGGUAAUAUAUGUAUAUUGGACUUUCAAAUCUAUCUAUAUAUAUUAUAUAUAUGUAAUAAUGCCUCUUCAAGUA